CUCGAAACAAACUGAUCUUCGAAAGAAGCACGCGUUGUCAUAAGAAGUGGGGCUAAAAGCAAUCAUAGCGGCGAGAGAAUGGUGCAUGGCCAAAACAGUCAAACCCAAAAAUCAGUAUCAUGCCUCAGCUCACAAAAGUCCUAAUCUCCAAUCGGCUCCUGAGGGAUCGAUAACUUGCAAAACUGAUGCGGCUUGGGAUGAAUCUACUAAAAGAGCUGGAUUAGCGUGGAUCUUAUCCUAAACCCAUGAUUUUGUCGGCUCACCCCUGAUCGCAGAAGCUCUAGCAGUCCACUCGGCGCUCCAAUCAGAUAUCACCCUUGGCUUCAAAAUCAUCAGAGUGUUUUCUGAUUCUCAAACGCUCAUCCGAGCUAUUCCCAACAAACAUACAUACAAAAAAAAUCUUCAGCGUAGUGGCAGACAUCGUCUAUGUUUCUUCUCUGUUUGACUUUAUCUCUUUUGCUUUCUGGCAAAAGAGACUCUCUGCUUUUCUUCUGUAUUGGGUAUUCUAAUAGACUAAGAGCAUGAGCAUCGACGGUUUAUAACCGGAUCACGGGCUCGGGAUCAUAGGCCCAUUCGAUUAAAAAAGAAUGUUUAUUGGGUUUAAUAUCGUGAUCCGUCUCUUGCGGGUGAACCCGUAUGAUACGGGGUCAAGUCACGCGUCGAUAGCAGAGUGGACACGCGAGUCCGCGUGUAGACGGAGAAAAAAAGGGAUUUGCGAUAGAUCAUUCAUUUUCACUUCUCUCUUCUAAAGCUAGGGUUUCGUUCUCUCCCUGGCGAUUUUUCGUGCGAGGCGAUAGCCGGAUCAUUUUCUCUUCUUUCUUCGAUCUAAUCGACGUCGUACUCUCUCGUAGACGAUCUGAGGUGAGUAUCCACUAGUUUCACCGAUUGAUUCAAUCGUUUGGGGUCGUAAGCGUUUUAGGUUAAAAAUCGAUUUGGGGGUUUUGAUUUAUGGUUUUGGGGGUUUUGUCGUAGGGUUCGAAAUUGAAAAGGGGGUAUAGAUUUCUGGUUUAAAAUCGUCAUGCGGGUACGUUUAUUUGGGAUUUGUAAUCGAUUUAGUUUAUAGUUAGGGUUCUAAAAGGAAUCGUUUUGUCUGAUGCAGAUGGAUCCCGCAGCAGAGAUAAGAGAUUCAAAGAGGACAAAGGAGUACAUCAACAUGCUCUCUUCUGUGGCUGAUUCAGAGUACGGGAUUCCGACGAGGUGUCCCUGUGGUGGCAGUAUCAUUCACGAGGUUCGUCGGAAGGACGAAUACGACACGCUUCCUUGGAAGCGGCUCUUCACGUGCAAAAACUACGAAGUACGGUACGGUUGUUCUUAAUUGUAUUAUGAAAUUUUUUUUUUAAACGAGAUUGUUUUUUAAACGUAAAUUUUUUUUUCUUCUUACCAAGGCUGAUGGGUUUCAUUAUCGUCAGCCUUGGGUCCAUGGUGUCGAGGAGCAGAUCGAACGCCUCACUAAGCGUCUGGCGGAGGUGGAGGUGGUGAUAAAUUGGGUGCCAGAGGUCGAUAACCACAUUCAGAGACUUGAGGCAGAGGUUAAAGACCUCACUUGGGAGGUUGAUAACCUCACUGGGCAGGUUUAUAACCUCUCUAUCCAGGUUGAGGUCUUGGAGAAGCUCUGCUUCGACUGAAAACAAAAGGUAACCCUUACUCUACACUGGUUAACUACAGUGGUAGCUAGCUAGAGUUUAACCACACUUAGUUGAGUUUUAAAACUUAUAGGUAGUUGCGUAUUCAAUGGUAGUGAAUGGUUGUGUAUCAAAUCGGUGUAGUUGAGUUUUUAAAAUGGAUUUGAUGUUCAUUCAAUGAUAUCUGUGUAGUUAUACCUAUGUUGUACUUGUUAUAGAGUCAUUAAAACACACAAACCAAACACUAAAACUAGUAUAGAGUAAUUAAAACACACACAACAAACAGACACACGAAAAACCAAACACACACACCAUACUUAAACUAGUUUAAUCAAUGCUUGGUAGUUAGACAAACACACACACGUAAUCAAUUUAUUGUACUUUCUAACACUAAAACUAGUAUUAAAACAUAGGCAUGAUCCCCAUCACAAAACACACCAAACUUUUAAAACUUCUAUCUAAAACUUAAUGGAACCAAUUUCCCUUAACUCUCACGGGUUCGUUAACCUCCUUGCCUCCCAGAGCAGUCAACCAAUAGAUAUUGGUUGUUCUGAGGUUCCAAAACCUGCGGAAAGGCGGAAGUGGACAACCAAAGAAGAUGUGGUGCUGAUCAGUGCUUGGUUGAACACCAGCAAGGAUCCAAUCGUGAGUAAUGAGCAGAAGGCUGGCUCAUUUUGGAAGCGCAUAGAGGAGUGUGUGAAUGCAAGCCCUCUGCUUGUUGGCUCCGUUCCUAGGGAGUGGAGUCAAUGUAAGCAGAGGUGGGGUAGGGUUAAUGAACAGGUUUGCAAGUUCGUGGGAUGUCACGAAGCUGCUUUGAAGAAGCAAGCCAAUGGACAAACUGAGAAUGAUGUCAUGAAGGCGGCUCAUGACAUCUUCUUUAAUGACUACAAUGCCAAGUUCACUCUUGAACAUUGUUGGAGGGAGCUUCGGUUUGAUCAAAAAUGGAGAUCCCACACUUCGACACGAGAUGGUGCAAAGGAGAAGAGGAAGGAACCUGCGGAAGAGGUGGGUGGCGAGCAAGAUGUUAGGCCUCCCGGUGUGAAGGCUUCCAAAGCAGCAAAACGCAAGAAACACUUCAAUGAACCAGCGUUUGAUCAGAUAGAGAGCAUUUUAGAGGCAAAGAAUAACUUAUCCAAACACAAACUCCUAGAUAGGUUGCUAGGAAAAAAUGCAGAAACUCUUUCUGAUCAAGAAAUAGCUCUAAAAAACAAACUCAUUUCAGAAAUGCUUUAACGUGGUGAGUGGAAGUUUUUUUGUGCAUUUAUCAGUUGGUUAAUCAUUUGAUUUCUCUUGUUUCACUGGUUAAACAGUGUUUGAAUAUGUUUUGGUUUAUGUAUAUUGAUAAUGUUUGUAUAUGUUUUGGUAUCUAGAUUAUUGAUAUGUAUCCGUUUUUCUUUGUAGGUCACGGGUUCAAGGAGGAGGAUACGUGUGGACGUGGUUGUAGGUCUCGGUUUCUUUAUGUAUCAUAUCAAGUCACGGAUAAGGUUGAUGGUUGUAGUAGUAUUAUGUCAGAUUGAAUCACGGGAGGGUGUAGUAUUUUGUAUGUUUCUACACUCGUUUUUGGACCUUCGGUUAAUAUGGGUGUAUGUACCCACAGGAUGUGUUUUCAAGUCACGGGUGUAUGUCCCCACGACUUGCCUUUUCAACUCACGGGUGUAUGUACCCGAGCAACUUGACUCAUGUAUCUCUAUAUAUAUAAACUAUGUCUUUCUAUUA